GUUGGAGUAAAUCUCAGCAGUUUCAUUUUGUGACAAGACGAAUGUGAAGCGUAAAGAACACAUUUUGUACAGCUGUAUUCUGUAGGAUAGUUAACCUCCAAAAUGAGUGUCUCUGGAAAACAGGAUACAAAGAAAUUGGACAGGCUCAGCACAGACUCACUGGAACCCAGCCAUUUUUCUUUGAAGAGUGACAGUUCGAUGGGAUUUCCAAUAAACUUCAGAGAUGGAGAGUGUUCUACUGAUCUGAGCACACAGCAGACAACUGAGAAUUUAAAAAGCACCUGCCAAAAGCAGCUGGAUUUAAUAUUCAAGGAUCUUGAGCACAAACUCAUCACUCUGUUGAAGAAUGAAUUAAAGAGGUUUAAGAGGCUCCUGAGUCCAGAUUACCCAGCAUGCACUGAGAGGGAGGUGGAGGAAGAGGAGGUUCAUCACAAUGUCAGAGAGGGAACGCUGAAGAUCACAUUGUACAUCCUGAAGAACAUGAACCACACCGAUCUCGCUAACACACUGCAGAACAAGUUGGAGUCAGUCCCUGUUUAUCAGGACAAAUUCAAAUCCAAACUUGUGGAGAAAUGUAAAGGACUUAAUGAAGGAAUCUCACAGCAUGGAAGCUCAGUACUUCUGAAUGAGAUCUACACAGAGCUCUACAUUACAGAGGGUUGGAGUGGAGACAUUAAUAAUGAACAUGAGGUGAGACAGAUUGAGACAGCGUCCAGGAGACCAGCAACACAAGAGACACCCAUCAAAUGUAAUGAGCUCUUUAAAGACAAGUCCAUCAGAAGUGUGCUGACUAAAGGAGUAGCUGGAAUUGGAAAAACAGUCUCUGUGCAGAAGUUCCUUCUGGACUGGGCUGAAGGAAAAGCAAAUCAGGAUGUCACCUUCAUGUUUUCUCUUCCUUUUAGAGAACUUAAUCUGAUGAAGGAGAAAAAAUUCAGUCUAAUGAAACUUCUUCAUCACUUUUUCCCAGAAAUGAAAGAAUUAGACCUAAUAGACUGCAAUGGCUACAAAAUCAUGUUUAUCUUUGAUGGUCUGGAUGAGUGUCGACUUCCUCUAAAUUUCCAAAACAAUGAGAGAUUGUAUGAUGUGACAGAGUCGGCGUCAGUGGAUAUGCUGUUGACAAACCUCAUCAAGGGGAAUCUGCUUCCCUCUGCUCUCCUUUGGAUAACAUCUCGACCAGGAGCAGCCAAUCAGAUACCUCCUGAGUGUGUAGACCUGAUAACAGAGGUACGAGGGUUCAAUGAUCCUCAGAAAGAGGAGUACUUCAGGAAGAGGAUCGGUAAUCAGAGACUGACCAAUAAAAUCCUCAGAUACAUGAAGUCUUCAAGGAGCCUGUACAUCAUGUGCCACAUCCCAGUCUUCUGCUGGAUUUCAGCCACUGUUCUUGAGAGAAUGUUGGGUGAAGUAGAGAGUGGAGAUAUCCCUAAGACUCUGACUCAAAUGUUCACAUACUUCCUGAUCUUUCAGAUCAAACGCAAGGACCAAAAGUACCAGGAGAAAUGUGACCCUGAUCCUCAGCAGACCAGUGCAAGUAUCCUGGCACUGGGAAAACUGGCUUUCAAACAGCUGGAGAAAGGAAACCUGAUUUUUUAUGAGGAAGACCUGAGAGAGUGUGGCAUUGACGUCAGAGAAGCUUCAAUUUACUCAGGAGUGUGUACCCAGAUCUUCAGAGAGGAGUUUGGGCUUCACCUGGGAAAGGUGUUCAGCUUUGUACAUCUGAGUGUUCAGGAGUUUCUCGCUGCUUUAUACGUAUUUCAUUCCUUUGUCUUAAAAAACAGAAAUCUUCUAAGGGAUCAAAACACUGGAAUGUUACCUCUCUUAAGAAAGCAAACCAUGUCUGCAUUCCUGAAGAGUGCAGUAGACAAGGCCUUACAGAGUGAGAAUGGACACCUGGACCUGUUCCUUCGCUUCCUGCUGGGUCUCUCACUGGAGUCCAAUCAGACUCUCUUGCAAGACUUACUGCCACAGACAGGACGAAGCUCUCACUGCAAAGAUGAAAUAAUCAAGUACAUCAAGGAGAAGAUCAAAAAGAAUCCCUUACCAGAGAAAUCCAUCAAUAUGUUCCAGUGCCUGAACGAACUGAAUGACUAUUCCUUAGAGCAGGAAGUCCAAACUUACCUGAACAGAGGUGGUAACGAUCGUCUCCGUCGAAACAGACUGUCUCCUGCUCAGUGGUCAGCUCUGGUGUUUCUGAUGCUGAACUCAGAACAGGAGCUGGAUGAGUUUGAUUUGAAGAAAUAUGAUAGAUCUGAGGAAUGUCUUCUGAAGCUGCUGCUGGUGGUAAAAGCAUCUAGGAAAGCCUUGCUGUUUGGGUGUAAUCUCACAGAGGAGAGUUGUAAAGUUCUGUCCUCAGUUCUCAGCUCAAACUCCUCUAGUCUGAAAGAACUGGACCUGAGUAACAAUGAACUGCAGGAUUCAGGAGUGAAGCUGCUCUCUGCUGGACUGGAGACUCCACAAUGUAAACUGGAGAUACUGAGGCUGUGUGAGUGUAAUCUCACAGAGGAAAGCUGCACAGUUCUGUCCACAGUUCUCAGUUCAAACUCCUCCAGUCUGAGAGAACUGGACCUGAGUGUCAAUAACCUGCAGGACUCAGGAGUGAAGCUGCUCUCUGCUGGACUGGGGAACCCACACUGUAAACUGGAGAUACUGAGGUUAUAUCAGUGCGCUAUUACAGGUGAUGGUUGUGCUGCUCUAGCUUCAGCUCUGAAAACAAACUCCUCAUCACGCCUGAGAGAACUGAAUGUGAGCAGAAAUAAUCUAGGAGAAUCAGGAGUGAAAAUGUUGUCUGAUCUGCUGAAGGUUCCCCACUGUAAACUGGAGACACUACAGAUGGACAUAAUCACAUACAGAUGUGUAUGAGGAGAGGAUGUGGUGCAAUAUUUUUAAUUCGUUAUUUUUAUAAAUUUUUUUAAUUUAUUUUAUUAUUCAGUUAAUAUCUGUCCACUGAAUAUUAAUAUUUCAAAUCAUGGUAAAAGAUUAAUUUACAGUUUGAUUUAGUUGGUUCAGUAAUUCUAAUAUCAGGGAUGCAAAAUCAUCUGGCAGGCAGCACAGUGGUGUAGUGCUUAGCACUGUUGCCUCACAGCAAGAAGGUUCUGGGUUCAAGCCCAGUGGCCGACGAGGGCCUUUCUGUGUGGAGUUUGCAUGUUCUCCCCGUGUCUGUGUGGGUUUCCUCCGGGUACUCCGGUUUCCCCCACAGUCCAAAGGCAUGCAGGUUAGACUAAUUGGUGGCUCUAAAUUGACCGUAGGUGUGAAUGUGAAUGGUUGUUUGUCUCCAUAUGUCAGCCUUGCGAUGACCUGGUGACUUGUCCAGGGUGUACCUCGCCUCUUGCCCAUAGUCAACUGGGAUAGGCUCCAGCUUGCCCGAGACCCUGCACAGGAUAAAUGGCUACGGAUAAUGGAUGGAUGGAAAAUCAUCUGGAAUGAAAAAGGUGACAAAGAUGCGAAUCCCCUGAGGGCCUGGAGCAUGCUGCCUGGGAAGAUUGAUUGAUUUAAAAUACAGUAUCUGCUUUAAAACGUGGAUUUGCAGUCAAUUUUUGCAUUACGGAUAGAGAGGGAAAAAACGCACCCUACAAUUAAUGUAAUCUUACUGUUACAAAAGUAAUGUAAGGGUGCACUUUGAUAACAGGCAUGAGCAUUUCAAAAUACUUCCAACAAAAAUCAUGUUUCUGAUAGUACUGAAUGUCAUAAUGUUUAUAUUGUUCUGAUAAUUAACAUUGACUCUAUAGGAAAUCUAGUGUACAUUGUUUUACUGAUGUGAGGAGAGAGAGAGAGAGAUGAGAAGAAAUAAAAACAACGAGUUAAUG